GGGGACUGAACCAAACAUGCCAUUUAAGCCCCUGAGGGUUUAAGUUAAAAGAAAGCCCUAGUUCGUAGUAGUAAAUGACAGAGUGACAGGCAGACAGACAGGGCAUCUUCUUCCUCCGUAGGUUUUGGUCGGCCGGUCAGUCACAUUUGCAGGUAUGCUCUUCAAAACCUACUCCAUUUAUACUACUAGAACUAAGCACUUGUUGCAUAGAAAAUCUCUCAUAAACCCUGCUUUCAACCUCCACACCAAACCCAUUUCAAGCCUCAAAGUUGUGUGGCGCAGGGACCCACAACUAGACCAUGCCAUUGAGAGAGAUAAGCCAUACAAAAUCUGCUCAAAAGUUGUCAAAGAGGUCCUUAACGAACCGGGUCAAGUAAUCCCACUUCGUUACCUCGAAAACAGGCGCGAGAGAUUGCGCCUCAAUGUAAGAAUUUCUACUUUUCUUAAUAAAAACCCUGCCCUCUUUGACGUUUACCAGGAUCGAAUCAAACCCAAGUCAGAACCCGUCCGGUUUGUCCGUGUUAGCCAUCGGUUAAGGAAUUUUCUUGAAGAAGAGAAAAGGAUUGUUUUGGAAAAUGAGGGGUGGAUUGUUUCGAAAUUGUGUAAGUUGCUGAUGAUGGCUAAGGAUAAGGUCCUUAGUGUGGAUAAAUUGGUACAUGUGAAGAGAGAAUUUGGUUUUCCUAAUGACUUUUUGGUUAAUUUGGUUCCUAAUUAUCCAAACUAUUUUAGGCUAAUUGGUCCUCCUGAGGAGGGAAAGUCAUUUCUUGAGUUGGUUGAAUGGAAUCCUGAGUUUGCAAAAUCAAUAAUUGAGCAAAGAGCUGAAGAUGAGUUUGGGUUGACGGGAAUUCGUAUUAGGCCUAAUUUUUACUACAAGCUUCCUCCGGGGUUCUUCUUGAGGAAGGAGAUGAGGGAGUGGAUUCGGGAUUGGUUGGAACUUGAUUACAUAUCACCAUAUGUUGAUGUGUCACACUUGGAUCAAGCUUCACAGGAAAUGGAGAAGAGGACUGUUGGGGUUUUCCAUGAGUUGCUAUCUCUUUCGUUGUUCAAGAGGAUUCCAGUGCCCAUACUGGGGAAGUUUAGUGAUGAGUACAGGUUUUCCAACACAUUUUCAAGUGUGUUCACUAGGCAUCCAGGAAUAUUUUACAUGUCACUGAAAGGAGGGAUUAAGACUGCGAUGCUAAGGGAAGCUUAUAAGGACAGCGAGUUGAUUCAAAGGGAUCCUUUGCUUGAAAUAAAGGACAAGUUUGUUCAGUUGUUGGAAGAGGGGUGGCAGGAGAGACAGGAGCAGUUGAGGUUACAAAGGGAAGAGGUUAAGAAGAACAGAGUAAUGAUGGCAUUGGGGGAUGGGGACACCGAUGGACAAGAGAGCAGCAGGGAAUUCGAUGGGCAAGAAGUCAAGUGAUAGCUGUGACUUCCCAAGUUAUGCUGAUAUCGGGAGGAAACUAAGGCAAAGGAGCUGCUGAUGCUUAAUGAUAAGGAACAAUCUUCCCAGAGUUAGACACAUACUGCAUGAUUUUCAAUUCUCAUUAAGGUUCUGAACUUCCAUGAAUAUAUGGCAAUUAAAAGGUAGGGCUUUGUCAUGAUGGCCAGUGGUGAUGGCUUGAGAUUGCAUAACCAAUUAACUCUACCAAUUGCGAGUUACAACA